GGCUCAUCUGAGGGGAUGCUGUCUGCGGGGAAGAAAGCGGCCGCGGCGGAGGCUCCGGUAGGCGGCGGCGCAGGAGGCCCGGCGGGCGAUGGCUCUGCCGAAGCCCCGGCGCCCCCUCCGCCGCCCCCACCCCCGCCGCCUCCGCCCCCCCCUCCGCCGGCCCUGUCGGGCUCCCUGGGCUCCUCGGAGGGCGGCGGCUCGGGGCCCUCGGAGCGCACGCCCCGCAAGAAGGAGCCUCCGCGCGCCUCGCCGCCGGGGGGCUUGUCCGAGCCGUCUCCCCCCGCGGGGCCGGGGGGGCCCGUCGGGGGCUCCGAGACCACCAGCAUCGCCGAGACCCCCGAGGGCCGCAGGACCAGCCGCCGGAAGCGGCCCAAGGUAGAAUAUAGAGAAAUGGAUGAAAGCCUUGCUAACCUUUCUGAAGAUGAGUAUUACUCUGAAGAAGAAAGGAAUGCUAAAGCAGAAAAAGAGAAAAAGCUGCCUCCUCCCCCUCCCCCACCACCUCCUGAGGAAGAGAAUGAAAGUGAGCCAGAAGAGCCAUCUGGGCAAGCAGGAGGACUUCAAGACGACAGUUCUGGAGGGUAUGGAGACUGCCAAGCAUCAGGUGUGGAAGGUGCAGCUUUCCAGAGCAGACUUCCACAUGAUCGGAUGACGUCACAAGAAGCUGCUUGUUUUCCGGAUAUCAUCAGUGGGCCGCAGCAGACUCAGAAGGUGUUCCUUUACAUCCGAAAUCGGACAUUGCAGCUUUGGUUGGAUAACCCAAAGAUUCAGUUGACGUUUGAAGCAACACUACAACAGUUGGAAACACCCUAUAAUAGUGAUACUGUACUAGUUCACAGAGUCCACAGCUAUCUGGAACGGCAUGGCUUGAUCAAUUUUGGCAUCUACAAAAGAGUGAAGCCCCUACCAACUAAGAAGACUGGAAAGGUGAUCAUUAUUGGUUCUGGGGUCUCCGGCUUAGCAGCAGCUCGCCAGCUACAGAGCUUCGGAAUGGAUGUCACACUUCUAGAAGCAAGAGAUCGUGUAGGGGGCAGAGUUGCCACUUUUCGCAAAGGAAACUACGUUGCAGACCUAGGAGCCAUGGUAGUAACAGGACUUGGAGGAAACCCAAUGGCUGUGGUGAGCAAGCAAGUAAAUAUGGAACUGGCCAAAAUAAAGCAGAAGUGUCCACUCUAUGAAGCCAAUGGACAAGCGGUUCCAAAGGAGAAAGAUGAAAUGGUAGAGCAAGAGUUCAAUCGUUUGCUGGAAGCUACUUCAUAUCUCAGCCACCAGCUGGACUUCAAUGUCCUUAAUAACAAGCCUGUCUCCCUGGGUCAGGCUUUAGAAGUCGUCAUACAAUUGCAGGAGAAACAUGUGAAAGAUGAACAGAUUGAACACUGGAAGAAGAUAGUGAAAACUCAAGAAGAGCUUAAAGAUCUUCUUAAUAAGAUGGUGAACUUGAAAGAGAAGAUAAAGGAGCUCCACCAGCAGUACAAGGAGGCAUCUGAAGUAAAACCGCCUCGAGACAUCACUGCAGAGUUCCUUGUGAAGAGUAAGCAUAGAGAUCUUACUGCUCUGUGUAAGGAGUAUGAUGAGCUGGCUGAAACACAAGCAAAACUGGAAGAGAAGCUGCAGGAACUAGAAGCCAAUCCUCCAAGUGAUGUUUAUUUAUCAUCAAGGGACAGACAGAUCCUGGACUGGCAUUUUGCAAAUCUUGAAUUUGCCAACGCCACACCACUCUCUACUCUGUCAUUGAAACAUUGGGACCAGGAUGAUGAUUUUGAGUUCACAGGCAGUCAUCUGACUGUGAGAAAUGGUUAUUCCUGUGUGCCCGUGGCUUUGGCUGAAGGAUUGGACAUUAAACUUAACACAGCCGUUCGGCAGGUGCGCUACACAGCCUCAGGAUGUGAAGUGAUAGCUGUCAACACCCGGUCCACUAGCCAGACAUUUAUUUAUAAGUGUGAUGCUGUUCUCUGUACCCUUCCCUUGGGAGUGCUGAAGCAGCAGCCUCCUGCUGUACAGUUUGUUCCUCCUCUUCCGGAGUGGAAGACAUCUGCUGUGCAGAGAAUGGGAUUUGGAAACCUUAACAAGGUUGUGCUGUGUUUUGACCGUGUGUUCUGGGACCCCAGUGUAAAUUUGUUUGGUCACGUUGGCAGCACAACAGCCAGCCGAGGAGAGCUUUUCCUGUUUUGGAAUCUUUACAAAGCACCAAUUCUUCUGGCCUUGGUGGCAGGUGAAGCAGCCGGAAUAAUGGAGAACAUCAGUGAUGAUGUCAUUGUCGGGCGCUGUCUUGCAAUUCUCAAGGGCAUUUUUGGCAGCAGUGCUGUCCCUCAGCCUAAGGAAACAGUAGUAUCUCGUUGGAGGGCAGACCCCUGGGCCAGAGGAUCCUAUUCCUAUGUAGCAGCUGGAUCUUCAGGAAAUGAUUAUGACUUGAUGGCUCAGCCAAUUACUCCGGGACCAGCCAUUCCAGGAGCUCCCCAGCCAAUUCCCCGCCUGUUCUUUGCAGGAGAACAUACAAUUCGCAACUACCCAGCGACUGUUCACGGAGCUCUGCUGAGUGGACUGAGAGAAGCUGGACGCAUUGCAGACCAGUUUCUCGGUGCAAUGUACACACUGCCUCGCCAAGCUACCCCUGUUGCAGCUGCACAGCAGGCUCCCGCCAUGUAACAAUGCAGUGGGUUAUGAAUGCCUUGCAUGGACUCGUGAUUAGAAGCAAGUGGCCUUCCUGGUCUGUAGCACUACCAAUUAUAAGGCGUAACCAGGAGUCAAAAGCAUCGCCCCUGUUGAGCGGCCUUCCUAGACUUCAGUCGUCCAAGAACGCAGUUCCUGACUGCCACAGCAGCCUCGAUUCUCUGGAGCGGUGCACCUUCUCCCCCAAAUCCAGACUUCUGGUCUCUCUUGACAGAGAUCUCUUUUGGUACAGAUGCGUUUUUGUUUCUUUCUUUCCAGGGUUUAGAACUCUUGUAAGUUAGCUGCUGUUAGUCACUAAGGUAAGAUUGUCUUAUGUGGGUUUUGUUUUGGGAAGCAAAAAUAAAACUUCCUUUUUUAUAAAAACA